AUGGCGACUCAGAGACACGGUUUCUUGCAAUCCCUCUCUCCCUUGUGCUUGCUGGAGCAGGUCUUCGACCUCUGCUACCCUUCCAUCCAGCGGGUUGUCUUCAAGCUGUUCAAACCGCCUCCUCCUCCUGGUCCAGACUACCUCAAGAACCCCAAGGGACGCAUAGCCGUCAUCGGCGCGGGCCUCACUGGGGUUUCAAGCGCGGCGCACGCCAUCGCCAAUGGCUUCGAAGUCGUGAUCUAUGAGCAGGACGAUAAGAUCGGAGGCAUCUGGGCCAACGUCAACAAGACGUCUGCCAUCCAGUUCCACGCGAUGCUGUACCGCUUCUUCCCGGGCGUACGAUGGACGAGCUCCUGCCCGAAACGCGACGAGAUCCUCUCGGAGAUCACACGCGUGUGGAAGGAGUACCACCUCGAGCCGCGAACGCGACUGAACACGCCGGUCACGUCCGUCAAGCGCGUCAAAGGGUCGGGCGAGAAGGUUACGAGCGACCCCGAGCACUCGCAGUCCAAGUGGAUCGUCAACGGCGGCGUGGACGGCGUGUUCGACGCGGUGGUGUGCACGAUCGGCACCUGCGGGCCGCCGCUUCGGAUCAACGUCCCGGGUAUGCCGGAGAUGGACCAGGACGCCAGCGGGGACUCAUCGGACGACGAGAAGAAGCAGGGCAUCGUCGACGCGGCGGUCUUCCAGGGUGACGUCAUGCACUCAUCCGAGAUCGACGGCGUGGACUUCGAAGGGAAGCGCGUCAUCGUCAUCGGGAGCGGGGCAAGCGGCGUUGAGGUGGUCGAGACCGCGCUCGAGAAGGGUGCCGAGGGAUGUGUGAUGCUCGCGCGCGACGAAAAGUGGAUCGUUCCGCGCAACAUCGUCUUCAACACGCUCCUCUCGGCGCAGCUGUUUGGACGCGAGAAGUUCGUGACGAGCGUCUGGGAGACGUGCGUGGCGUUCUUGAACUACCGCGGAGCGCCCGAGCUCGUCCCCGCGCGACUCCGUCUGUUCGAAACAACGCCGAUCGCCAACAACGAGUUCGUGGGGCUUGUCAGAGAUGGGCGCUGCGAGUAUGUGCGUUGCGACAUCGAGCGGCUGACGCGCUGCGGUGUGCGCGUCAAGCUCCGGGGGCGCGAAGAUAAGCCUGGCGAGGGGAACAAAGAGCGGGAGAUCCAAGGAGAUGUGAUCGUCUUGGCCACUGGGUUUAAAAAGCCGGCAGUCGACUUCUUCAAGGACGAUCUCUUCCCAGAGAGCUACGAGCGGCCGAACCUGUACAUGCACAGCUUUUCGACGGAAGAUUGGUCCGUGAUGAUGACGAACUCGACGUACGAGCACGGGCUCGCCACGGCAGGGCACUUCCACAUUGGGAUCUAUAUGCGCAUUCUCCUCACGUUCCUGAUGGAUCCUGCCACUCGACCCACCGAAAAGGACAUGAAGCUCUGGGUUGACGCUAAGCGCCGCAAGCGCACUGACACGCUCCGCUUCUUCACGUACAUGGAAAUGGUCGUGUGGAUUCUGCUGUUCUACAUCUUCCGCCUGGACAGGUUGAAGUGGUUCUUCUUCAUCAUGCACGGAUGGAGAAUGUACCCGAAGGACACCAAGAAGGCGGCUGCUGAAUAG